AAACCAAAAGUGGCACUUGUGUUUCUUAAAUAUUUAAUAUAUUCAUGUAUUCAUUUGAAUGGAAUAGGCAAGCAAAUGAUGAUCAAAUUAUAAAUCCCAUCCAUCCAUCUUCCCUAAAAAAUCAUUUAAAAUUCCCAAAAUUAAUCUAAUAAUUACACCUUUACAUACUUAACGGCUUUCCUUCCUCUCCCCCUUUUAGAACAACUACUAUACUCCUAUCCUAUCUAUCCUUCUCAAAACCAAAAUUGGUACUUCUUUAAAAUAUUAAUUUAUUAUUUAUUAUUAUCAUAUAAUACUCUGUUUUUGUUCUUUCUUCUGUUCUUUAUAUCUUAUUAUUAGUCCUCCUUACUCCUUACUAUAUACUUCAUAUAUAUAUACCUCCAUAUUACAGCUUGGUCAAAUAGGAAGCCCUUUCUUACUAUUCACGUUAUUAAUACUUUCCUCUGCCAUAUUAGCGGCGCCUCCUUCAAAAAGCUGCAAUUCUUUUUUCUUUUUUUUUAUUUUCUUCUCCUCAAAUAAUAAUAUAAUUAUAAUAAAUAAUAUCUCGAAAAACCCAUUAAUUUUCGUACUGUACAUAUCAUUCUAGCUCCCUAAAUCAGAAUUGUCUAUAAAUAGGCAUGAACAGAACGUGAUUUGGUUUAAUGAAGGAAGAAAGAAAGAAAAUGGGAAUGGAGAAGAAAGUGGUAGUAGUGGUGAGAGAGUAUGAAAAAGAAAAAGAUGGUAAGGAAGUAGAAGAAGUGGAGAGAAGGUGUGAAGUUGGUCCCAACUCCAAAGUAUCUCUAUUCACUGACCUCUUAGGGGACCCACUUUGCCGCAUACGCCACUCACCUGCUUUUCUCAUGCUGGUAGCUCAAGUAGUGGAGGAAGGAGAAGAAGAAGAAGAAGGAGGGGGUGAAAAGAAGAAAAGAGAAAUAGUAGGAAUGAUAAGAGGAUGCAUAAAAACAGUAACAUGUGGUAAAAAGUAUCCUAGACCAUCCAAUUCCAAAUCUACCCUUUAUGACUAUUCUAAACCUCUCCCUGUCUUCACCAAACUUGCCUACAUCUUAGGUCUUCGUGUUUCCCCUUCCCACAGAAGAAUGGGAAUUGCGUUAAAAUUAGUGAACAAGCUUGAAGAGUGGUUUCGGCAAAAUGGAGCUGAAUACUCGUACUUAGCUACUGAAAGUGAAAAUGAAGCAUCAAUUUCUUUGUUUACCAACAAGUGUGGCUACUCAAAAUUUCGUACACCUUCAAUAUUAGUCCAACCCGUAUUUGCACAUCGGGCUAAGGUUUCGGGUCGGGUUACUAUCUUCCGGGUUCCUCCAUCCGAAGCGGAAAUUCUCUACCGUAGGAAAUUCUCUACCACAGAAUUCUUCCCUCGAGACAUCGACUCGGUCCUACACAACCGUCUUAAUCUUGGUACGUUUGUUGCUGUACCACGUGAUAAUCACGCGCCAAGUUAUUGGCCCGGGGCGGACGAGUUUUUGUCUAGCCCGCCCCAUUCAUGGGCGAUCCUAAGUGUUUGGAAUUGCAGUGAGGUUUGGAGGUUGGAAGUACGCGGGGCGUCGCGCGUGGGUAAAGGAUUGGCUAAAACGAGUAGGAUUGUGGACCGGGCUUUACCUUUUCUUAAAAUCCCAUCAUUUCCGGAGGUAUUUAGGCCUUUUGGGCUUCAAUUUUUGUAUGGGCUUGGGGGGGAAGGCCCAGAAGGUGCAAAAUAUGUGAAGGCUUUGUGUGGAUUUGCACAUAACUUGGCCCGAGAAAAAGGGUGUAGUGUGGUAGCUACUGAAGUAGCUUCAAGAGACCCGCUUAAGUUAGGAAUCCCACACUGGAAAAAGUUAUCGUGCGCCGAAGAUUUGUGGUGUAUUAAAAGACUUGGUGAAGAUUAUAGUGAUGGAACUGUGGGUGACUGGACUAAGUCACCGCCUGGUGAAACUAUUUUUGUUGAUCCUAGAGAGUUUUAAGACCUUUUAGUUACUUAGUGUUAAAUUUAGUAUUAAUUAACAUCUUAAUUAGUGUUCUAACAAUGUUGAAUCAAUGGAUAAUUAAAAAAAAUCCUCUUUUUAUUGUAGUAGUAGUUUUUUCUUAGUUAACAAUGCCUAAGUUGUAUGAUUUUGUUAGAAAGAGGCAAAAGGAAUUGUUAUCAGACUUUUCCAAGUGAAAAUGAAGAUCUUUUUGAGAAUUAUGGUAUAUUAAUAAAAAACUCUCACGUAGUAAUUUGUAAUAUAUAAAAUAAAUAGCUGGACAAAAGAAAAUUAAUUGAAGUUUUCCGUCCUCUUA